GAGGUAUGCGUGAGAAUCCCCGAGCCAGAGAGAGAGAGAGAUCCUCCUCCUCCUCCUCCUCCUCCUCCUCCUCCUCCGCUGCCUCCUCCCCUCCUACCUGCUGGAGCUGCAGAUCGCAAGAUCCGCGGCGCUACCUGGCCGAGUCGGAGCCAGCGGCCGGCCACGCACCCGAGCGCACGGCUGUGCUCCGCUGAGUCCCGCCGCCGUCGCCGUCCGGGCCAGCAGCUGCAGCGGCAGCCACCGCUUGGCCGGAGCCAUGCCCGCGUCCCUGUCCGGCUCUGCCGCGGGGAGCCGCUCGGGGACCCGCGGCGUGGCCGGACGCGCCGUCGAGUUUGGCCGGCUGGCGCUGGCGCUGAGCUCUCUGGCCGGGCUCUAGUGGCCUCUCCCGGCCCGGCCCGCUCGGCUUCGGUGGCCGGCAGCGUUUCUCUUCUAUGGCUCCCCUCCUGCCCUGCUAGACCAUGCGCAGGAACUUCCGCGAGUGGAUCUUCUACGUGUUGCUCUGCUUCGGGGUCCUCUACGUCAAGCUAGGAGCUUUGUCCUCUGUGGUGGCUUUAGGAGCAAACAUCAUUUGCAAUAAAAUCCCAGGGUUGGCCCCUCGGCAACGAGCGAUCUGCCAGAGCCGUCCUGAUGCCAUCAUAGUGAUCGGAGAAGGGGCCCAGAUGGGAAUCAAUGAAUGCCAGUACCAGUUCCGAUACGGCAGGUGGAACUGCUCCGCACUGGGGGAGAAAACUGUCUUUGGACAAGAGCUUCGAGUAGGAAGCAGGGAAGCCGCCUUCACCUACGCCAUCACUGCUGCCGGGAUCGCACACGCCGUCACUGCUGCCUGCAGCCAGGGGAACUUGAGCAACUGUGGCUGCGACCGCGAGAAACAAGGUUACUACAUCCAAGAGGAAGGGUGGAAAUGGGGAGGCUGCUCCGCCGAUAUCAGAUACGGCAUUGAGUUCUCCAGGAGGUUUGUUGAUGCCCGAGAAAUCCGAAAGAAUGCUCGGAGACUGAUGAACUUGCACAACAAUGAGGCUGGAAGAAAGGUACUUGAAGACAGAAUGAAACUGGAAUGCAAAUGUCACGGGGUUUCUGGUUCGUGUACAACCAAGACCUGUUGGACCACACUUCCUAAAUUCAGAGAGAUUGGAUACAUUUUGAAAGAAAAGUACAAUGCAGCCGUGCAGGUGGAAGUGGUCCGGGCCAGCAGGCUCCGACAGCCCACCUUUCUAAAGAUCAAGCAGAUCAGAAGUUACCAGAAGCCGAUGGAAACAGAUUUGGUCUAUAUUGAUAAGUCACCCAAUUACUGUGAAGAAGAUGCUUCCACGGGGAGCGUAGGCACCCAGGGAAGGCUUUGCAACCGUACCUCCCCGAGUGCCGACGGGUGUGACAUGAUGUGCUGCGGACGGGGUUACAACACCCACCAGUACACCAAAGUGUGGCAGUGUAACUGCAAAUUCCACUGGUGCUGCUUUGUAAAAUGUAACACGUGUAGCGAGCGGACAGAGGUGUUCACCUGCAAAUAACAGCAGAGGUUCCCAGGGAGACAAGGACACAACCACUACAUGUGACAGAAAGUCAAGUGGAACAAAACAACUACAGCAUCAUUUGCACAUUGAAUUUUCUUCGGGAGAGGGAAAACAAACUUGCCUCUAUCCCCUUCCUUAACAGCUCGCACUUCUGAGAGUGACGGAUCUCUUGCUGGCUGGCUGCUUUGACUGCACUGGGAAGUGGGGUCUCGACAUGGGCGACAGGGACAAACAAUUUCCUUCCCCCAUUGCAGUCUGGGUGUUGUAGAAUUUUGCUCUUAGGUUAAUUUAUACUUAUUGAAGACACUGACUCCAGGAUGUGGUUUUCAGAUUGAUAACAAUUUUAUUUUUUAAAAAAAGGCGUGAAACAAGACUUUUCGUGGACAAACUAGAAUCAAAGCAGUGUUGCCGAAAACGUUUAUUUCUGGGGUUUUUUAAGAGCAGGUACAAAGGGCAGCCAGUGAGACAAAGAUGUAAAAUGGGGAGGGGUGGGGACCCGGAGGACUCAUUUGUAAAACAAAGGUAAGCAAAUUCUGACAGCUGCCAGUGACACUGGAACCUUAUGAAUGGUCAUUUUUUAAAAAAGAUUGUUUUAUUUAUGUUUUAAUAGUAUCGGAACAAAUUCUCUAAGCACUAACGGGUAGCUAUGUCUUUAUUCUAUACUAAAUGUAAACUUAUUGGAACUUU